ACCCGAGAGGAAGUGACGCAGCGGAAGCUGUCGGCGUCUCAGCCCGCCCCCACCCGUGCCCCGCCCCCGCGGCGCUAGCGGAACCAAGAUGGCGGCCGAGCUGGAAUAUGAGUCUGUGCUGUGUGUGAAGCCCGACGUCAGCGUCUACCGGAUUCCGCCGCGAGCCUCUAACCGCGGUUACAGGGCAUCUGACUGGAAGCUAGACCAACCUGAUUGGACUGGUCGCCUACGAAUCACUUCUAAAGGGAAGAUUGCCUACAUCAAACUGGAAGAUAAAGUUUCAGGGGAGCUCUUUGCUCAGGCACCAGUAGACCAGUAUCCUGGGAUUGCUGUGGAGACUGUGACGGACUCCAGCCGCUACUUUGUGAUCAGGAUCCAGGAUGGUACUGGGCGCAGUGCAUUUAUUGGCAUUGGCUUCACGGAUCGGGGAGAUGCCUUCGACUUUAACGUUUCCCUGCAAGAUCACUUCAAGUGGGUAAAGCAGGAAACAGAGAUUUCCAAAGAAUCGCAGGAAAUGGAUAAUCGCCCCAAGUUGGAUUUAGGCUUCAAGGAAGGGCAGACCAUCAAGCUGAGUAUUGGGAACAUUACAGCCAAGAAAGGAGGUACUUCUAAGCCCCGGGCCUCAGGGACGGGGGGCCUGAGCUUGCUCCCACCUCCACCUGGAGGCAAAGUCACUAUUCCCCCACCAUCCUCCUCAGUUGCUAUCAGCAACCAUGUCACCCCACCACCUAUUCCAAAAUCUAACCAUGGAGGUAAUGAUUCAGGUAUCCUGUUAGAUUUGGAUUCUCCGGCUCCUGUCUCAACUUCAGCCCCAGCUCCAGUUUCUACGAGCAAUGACUUGUGGGGAGACUUCAGCACUGCAUCCAGCUCUGUUCCUAACCAGGCACCACAGCCAUCUAACUGGGUCCAGUUUUGAGUAGCAUUGGCAAGAAGCAGCUCUCUUCUUGCAGAGCCAUGGCAGGACAUUUAAGUUCCAAUAAAAACACUAAGAAGAAAGUAUAAGAUCACUAGUGACUAUUGGGAAACCUAUUUUCUCAAUCUUCCUCCAUUUUGUGUUCUUUGUAUUCUUAAAAUGAUAAUAUAUUAUGUAUUUGAAUUGCUGAAAAUUGAAAAUGAAGUUGAAGAUAUAUGUAUAUAAGCGUAUGCUGUAUUGGUGCAAUAAUGAUAAUUAAAGAUAUUAAAAAAGGUA